CCUGAGCUCUCCAGGAGAGACACUUCCGACCCUUCUGAGCUCCAGUCCCCCACUUGAGCUCCAUGGGCUCCCGGACCCUGAGUCCCCGGCCACUUGUGCUCUGCCUGCUGCUUGCUGGCCUCUGGCUACCUUGGGCGGCAGCACCCGCACCCUGGGGCAAUGCAGAGUGGCCACCUGAGCCAGCCUGGGAUUCCAGCCAUCAGGAGGAGACCCUUGCCAUGGAAGAUGCUAGAAGAGCAAUGGAAGGCCAGGAAGCGGAAGCCUUGGGCUCCUUGUCCAUGUCUUCCUGGGAAAGGCGUCUCCAUCGAGCCAAGUGUGCACCAUCUUACCUGUUUUCCUGCUUCAAUGGGGGUGAGUGUGUGCACCCAGCCUUCUGUGACUGCAGACGCUUCAAUGCCACUGGGCCACGCUGCCAGAUGGUGUACAAUGCCGGCCCUGAGCGGGACAGCAUCUGCCGGGCUUGGGGACAGCACCAUGUGGAGACAUUUGAUGGCCUCUACUACUACCUUUCUGGGAAGGGCAGCUACACGCUGGUGGGGCACCAUAAACCCGAGGAGCAGAUCUUCUCUGUGCAGGUGCACAACGACCCGCAGUGCGGCUCCUCCCCCUACACCUGCUCCAGGUCUGUCAGCCUCUUCUUCACGGGUGAGCAGGAGAUCCGACUGGCCAAGGAGGUCACCCACGGAACUGACAGGGUCCAGCUGCCACACAUGGUGGGGAACGUGCGUCUGCAGCGGCUGGCCGGCUACAUCCUUGUGCGGCACCAGUCAGCCUUCACGCUGGCCUGGGAUGGCACCUCGGCUGUCUACAUCAAGAUGGGCCCCGAGUUCCUGGGCCGGACCCACGGGCUGUGUGGGGACAACAAUGCUGACCCCCAGGACGACUUGGUGACCAGCUAUGGGAAGCUGACUGAGGAUGUGGCUGAGUUCGUGCGCAGCUGGCAGCAGCAGCCCCCCAACCAGCCUCCGGGGCCCACGACCCCCUCCUUGCCGCGCCCACCAUGCCUGCAGCAGAGUGCGGGAGCCAUGCAGGCCGUGUUUGAGAGAUGUGAGGCGCUGCUCCGCCCCCCGUUUGACACCUGCCACACCUACGUCAGCCCUCUGCCCUUUGCAGCCAGCUGUACCAGCGAUCUCUGUCAGUCAGCGGGCGAUGAAGCCACCUGGUGCCGGGCACUGGCAGAGUAUGCCCGGGCAUGUGCCCAGGCAGGGCGCCCCCUGCAGGGCUGGAGGACCCAGCUCCGGCAAUGCACCGUGCACUGCAAGGAGAAGACCUUCACUUACAAUGAGUGCAUUGCCUGCUGCCCUGCCUCCUGCCAGCCCCGGGCAUCCUGCGUGGACAGUGAGAUCACAUGUGUGGACGGCUGCUACUGCCCCACGGGGCUGAUCUUCGAGAAUGGGGCCUGUGUGGCCCCGGCUGAGUGUCCCUGUGAGUUCCACGGGGUUCUGCACCCGACCGGCUCUGUGAUAAAGGAAGACUGCAAUGCCUGCACGUGCACUGCAGGCAGGUGGGUGUGCAGCACGUCUCUCUGCCCAGCUGAGUGUUCCGUGACGGGCGACAUCCAUUUCACCACUUUUGAUGGCCGCCGGUACACGUUCCCUGCCACCUGUCAGUACAUCCUGGCCAAGAGCCGCUCCUCAGGCACCUUCACAGUGACGCUGCAGAAUGCCCCGUGUGGCCUGAACCAGGACGGAGUCUGUGUCCAGUCGGUGUCACUGAUUCUGCACCAGGACCCUCGGAGGCAGGUGACCUUGACCCAAGCUGGGGACAUCCUUCUGUUUGACCAGUACAAGGUCACCCCACCCUACACAGACGAUGCCUUUGAGAUCCGGAGGCUGUCCUCGGUGUUUGUGCGGGUGAAGACCAACGUGGGCGUGCGUGUGCUUUACGACCGGGAAGGCCUGCGGCUCUACCUGCAGGUGGACCAGCGAUGGGUGGAGGACACUGUGGGUCUCUGUGGCACCUUCAAUGGCAACACACAGGACGAUUUCCUGUCUCCCGUGGGUGUGCCCGAGAGCACCCCGCAGCUCUUCGGGAAUUCUUGGAAGACACUGUCCGCCUGCUCCCCACUGGUCUCUGGCUCCCCACUGGACCCCUGCGACGUGCACCUGCAAGCUGCCUCCUAUGCAGUGCAGUCUUGCAGCGUGCUCACGGGGGAACUGUUCGAGCCCUGCUCCGCCUACCUGAGCCCGGUGCCAUACUUCGAGCAGUGCCGCCGGGAUGCCUGUCGCUGUGGGCAGCCCUGCCUGUGCACCACGCUGGCCCAUUAUGCCCGCCUGUGCCAGCGUCACGGGCUCCCUGUGGACUUCCGUGCCCACUUGCCAGCCUGCGCACUGUCGUGUGAGGCCACCAAGGAAUACAGCCCCUGUGUGGCCCCAUGUGGACACACCUGCCAGGACCUAGCCAACCCCGAGGCCUGUGGUGUCGAUGGCGGUGGUGAUCUCAGCGGGGACGUGUGUGUGGAGGGAUGUGCCUGCCCACCGGACACCUAUCUGGACACCCAGGGUGACCGCUGUGUCCCCAGGAACCAGUGCCCCUGCCACUUCCAAGGAGUGGACUAUCCCCCGGGAGACAGUGACAUCCCGUCUCUGGGCCGUUGCCACUGCAAAGAUGGAGUCAUGAGCUGUGAUAGCAGAGCUCCAGCUGCGGCCUGUCCCGUGGGCCAGGUCUUUGUGAACUGCAGCGAUGCUCAUGCUGGCCCUGCGCUGAGCCGAGAGAGGACGUGUGAGCAGCAGCUGCUGAACCUGAGCUUGCCCGCGGGAGGGCCUUGCCUCUCAGGCUGCGCCUGUCCUCAGGGCCUGCUCAGACACGGGGACGCCUGCUUCCUGCCCUCGGAGUGUCCGUGCACUUGGAAGGGGAAGGAAUACUUCCCCGGGGACAGGGUCCUGUCUCCUUGCCAUACUUGCGUGUGCCAGCAGGGCUCCUUCCAGUGCACGCUGCACCCCUGCGCCUCGACCUGCACUGCCUACGGAGACCGGCACUACCGCACCUUCGACGGACUCCCCUUCGACUUCGUGGGGGCCUGUAAGGUCCACCUGAUCAAGAGCACGUCAGACGUCAGCUUCUCUGUGAUUGUAGAAAACAUAAACUGCUACGGCUCUGGCAUCAUCUGCAGAAAACUCAUGUCUGUCAGUGUUGGGAACUCGCUCAUCAUCUUUGAGGAUGACUCGGGAAACCCUAGUCCAGAGAGCUUCCUGGACAAGACACAGGAGGUCCACACGUGGCGAGCCGGGUUCUUCACUCUGGUGCAUUUCCCCCAUGAGCACAUCACCCUCUUGUGGGACCAGAGAACCACAGUACACAUCCAGGCCGGACCACAGUGGCAGGGACAGCUGGCGGGUCUCUGUGGGAACUUUGACCUGAAGACCAUCAAUGAGAUGAGGACCCCAGAGAACCUUGAGCUGACGAACCCCCAGGAGUUUGGCAGCAGCUGGGCUGUAGCUGAGUGCCCGGACACUCUCGACCCCCGGGACACAUGUGUCCUGAAUCCUCUCCGUGAGCCGUUUGCUAAAAAGGAGUGUAGUGUCCUGCUCAGUGAGGUGUUUGAGACCUGCCACCCUGUGGUGGAUGUGACUUGGUUUUACUCCAACUGCCUGACAGACACCUGUGGCUGUAGCCGGGGCGGUGACUGUGAGUGCUUCUGUGCCAGCGUGUCUGCCUAUGCCCACCAGUGCUGCCAGCUUGGGGUGGCCGUGGACUGGCGGACCCCACGCCUCUGCCCCUAUGACUGUGACUUCUUCAACAAAGCUCUGGGGAAAGGUCCCUACCGGCUGGCCAGUCUGGCGGCUGGUGGUGCCCUGGUGGCUGUGAAGGGCAGUGCCAUCGUCCUAAUGAGUGCAGAGGAUGUGACCCCAGGGGCCUUGGUGAACUUCCUGCUGACAGGCGCUCUGUACAAGGCCAAGGCCCAUGACCCCGAUGUGGUGUCCCUGGAGGCAGCAGGCAGACCCAACUUCUUUCUCGUCGUCACCGCCAAUGGCUCCCUGGAACUGGCCAAGUGGCGAGGCAGUGACGCCUUUCACCGCCACGCUUCUUUCUCUCUGCACCGAGGGACGUGGCAGGAGGGCCUGGUAGCUCUGGAGUCCCUGACAGAGCCCGGGUCCUUCCUCUCCGCCUCAGGGUCGGCGCUGGCCCUGAGGCAGUACCAGCACACAGAGGCGUUCCGCCGGGGAACGCUCUUCAGCCUUCUGGAUGCCAAGCCCCGGGGGGCUGGCUACCCUGCCUGUGAGUGGCGCUAUGAUGCCUGUGCCAGCCCCUGCUUCCAGACCUGCCGGGACCCACAGGCAACCAGCUGCCGGGAUGUGCCCAGGGUGGAGGGCUGUGUGCCCGCCUGCCCCUCCCCCAGGGUCCUGGAUGAAGUCACGCAGAGAUGUGUCUACCUGGAGGACUGUGUGGAGCCCAUGCUGAAGGUGCCCACGGAGGCCCCCAGACAGGAAACCCAGCCCCCUGGUCAAGAGCUGCUGACCCUCAGUGACAAGGAGCUGCGUUUUCCACAGCAAACCUCUAGAGGCCCCUCCCACAGGCCAUUGCACACCCUGACCACCCCACUCACCACCAUCCUGAACCCACCCACAGCAGCCACUAAGGGGCCAGCACUGUCCCCGGGCCCCACCCAGGCCACUGUGCAGCAGUCACUGGGGGUACCUGAAUCGAACCCCCCUGCACAACCCACAGAGACCCUGACCAGCAAGGCAGCAACUGCCAGCCUCCCGGUCACUCCCGGGGCCUCAGAGUUGACACCCCUUGCGGCAGACACCCCUCCGUCAGGGCGGGCACCUACCCCUGGCAUUGACUUGGGUGCUGUGGAGGCUGCCAGAGUGACUGUGAGCUCGGCAGAGCACCCCAACACCACCAUCUCCUCCCAGUCAUCCCUUGCACCUCACUUCCCACUCAUGACCAAAGCAGUGACAGCCACAGGGCUCCGCUCCUUGCCCGUAAGGACGACCCCCCUCCAGCCUUUCCUGAGCCAGGAGUUGCCUACAAGUUCCCCCUCCAGGUCUUCGGCUUCUCCUAGAGCGACUUCCAGGGCCUCCGCCUCCUCGGGAUCCCAUGAGGCUCUACAGACACCUGCCGUCACAAAAGUUGUGAACAGGACAGGGGUCUCCCAGCCUGUACAAACCCAGAACGUUUUCAGUCCCAGCAGCGCUCCUGUGAAGGCCAGAACUGUAACAGAACCUGCCAGCCCCUUGAUGACUAAGAUACCGGACAUGGUGCCAUCCACAGAGCAAGUCCAGCCGGGGCUCAGCCAGCCCAUGGGCCUGCCUGAGUCCCCACACCCAAGCCCAGUCCCCACAGCCUCAGCCCACACUCCCAGGCCCACUGCCACAGACAUCAGGUCUCCAGCUCCACCCCCAGGGACUCCGGCUGCCCCCGGCAUGUUCACGGCUGCUCACGGGCUGGGAGCCACACCCUCCAUGUUACCCAAGUCCACGAGGCCACCCCGGGUCCUCUCGGGCCUGCCUCCCGACACCAGCCUGCCCCUGGCCAAGGUGGCCACAUCUGCCCCGGUGGCCAUGCCUGGCACAAAGGGCUCUGUUGUCACCUCUUCCCUCCAACAGCAGGCCACAGCUCUCUCCAUGGCCACCACUCCAGUAGCUGGGACCCUCAGCCCAGCCCUGUCUCUCACCUCAGUUGCCCAGACAGACACACCCAAGCACACGGCCCCUCAGGCCACAGGCAUAGACCCAGGCCUGUUUCUGCCCACCUCUGCCGUCAUGGCCAUGACUAAGGGGGCAGCCCCCACUGUUUCUGUGGGCCCCCGAGGAAGCACCACAGAGAGGAUGACCACCCUGACAGAGCAAGAGUCUCUGCCCACUUUGAUAUACGGCUCUGCCCAGGGGGCGCCCACAGAGUUCAUGCCCGCUGUGGCCCACACUCUUGUUUCCUCUGUGACAGAGGGCCAGGGCCUCUGGGCGGGCACGGCCCCACGGGUCCCCACACCCUCCCCCACAAGCCGAGUUUCUGCCAGGACAGCCUCCCGGGAGAGCUCCCUGGUUCUGCUCCCUCAGCUGGUCACGGCCCACGGAACCUCAGCAGGCCCUCAGGCCCCAGCACAGCCUGUGGGAGAAGCCACCACCCAGCAGUCUGGGCGCUCAGCCACUGCCCAGAGCAUCUCAGGGGCUUCGGCCCUGACCACCAUGGAGACCAAUAUAUCUGCUGCUUGCGUUCCAAUUGCCGAGCAGGACUGCGUCCGCCACAUCUGCCUCGAGGGCCAGCUGAUCCGGGUGAACCAGUCUCAGCACUGCCCGCAGAGUGCAGGCCCCCCUUCCUGUGGGGUGCUGGGCCUGGCCGUGAGGGUGGGCGGGGACCACUGCUGCCCCGUCUGGGAGUGUGCAUGCCGCUGUUCAAUCUUCCCUGAUCUGAGCUUUGUGACCUUCGACGGCAGCCAUGCAGCCCUGUUCAAGGAGGCCAUCUACAUCCUCAGGCAGAGUCCGCACGAGAUGGUCACUGUCCACGUUCUCGACUGCAAGAGUGCCAACCUGGGGCACCUGAACUGGCCCCCAUUCUGUCUGGUAAUGCUGAACGCGACUCACCUGACCCAUCAGAUCACCAUCGACCGCUUUAGCCGGAAGGUGACUGUAGACUCACAGGCUGUGUGGCCCCCCGUGAGCAGGUACGGGUUCAGGAUCGAGGACACGGGCCACAUGUAUGUGAUCCACACGCCGUCACACAUCCACAUUCAGUGGCUCCACAGCUCAGGACUCAUGAUCCUGGAGGGCAGCAAAACCAGUGAGGACCAAGGUCGCGGUUUGUGUGGUAUCUGUGAUGGAGAUGUGGCCGAUGACCUGGCCCUGCAGGAUGGUUCUGUGGUGGACAAGGCCGAGGACCCUGCUCCCUUCUUGGACAGCUGGCAGGUGCCCAGCUCCCUGACCUCAGUGGGCCAGCCCCGCUUCCGCCCAGACAGCUGUGCCACAGCUGACUGCUCGCCCUGCCUCCGCAUGGUGUCCAACCGUACCUUCAGUGCCUGCCACCGCUUUGUCCCUCCGGAGUCCUUCUGUGAGCUGUGGAUUCGAGACACCAAGUACGUGCAGCAGCCCUGCGUGGCUCUGACUGUGUACGUGGCCAUGUGCCACAAGUUCCACGUGUGCAUUGAGUGGCGGCGCUCUGACUACUGCCCCUUCCUGUGCUCCAGUGACUCCACGUACCAGGCAUGUGUGGCAGCGUGUGAGCCCCCCGAGACCUGCCGGGAUGGAAUAUUGGGCCCCCUGGACCCAGAGAGGUGCCAGGUGCAGGGGGAGGGCUGUGUCUGCUCAGAGGGCACCAUCCUGCACCGGCGCCACUCGGCCCUCUGCAUCCCCAAGGAGAAGUGCGCCUGCACUGACAGCACCGGGGUGCCCCGGGCCCUGGGAGAGACCUGGAACAGCUCCCUGAGUGGCUGCUGCCAGCACCAGUGCAAAGCGCCCGACACCAUCGUGCCAGUAGACCAGGACUGCCCAGGCCCCCGCCCUGAGACCUGCCCUCGAUUUGGGGAGGUGGUCCUGCUGGUGCCCACCGAAGACCCCUGCUGCCUGGGCACCAUUUGCGUGUGUAACCAGACUCUGUGUGAGGGCCUGGCGCCCACCUGCCGUCCAGGCCACCGCCUCCUCACUCACUUCCAGGAGGACUCCUGCUGCCCCAGCUACAGCUGUGAGUGUGACCCCAGCCUGUGUGAGACAGAGCACAAGCCCAGCUGCCGCCCGGACCAGACUCUGAUUGCAGGCCAUCUAGGAGACUCCUGCUGCACUUCCUACUUCUGCACCUGUGGCGACUGCCCAGACCCGAUCCCCGAGUGUCAGGAAGGUGAGGCGCUCACAGUGGACAGGAACAGCACAGAGCUCUGCUGCCCUCUGUACCAGUGCGUGUGUGAGAGCUUCCGCUGCCCUCAAGUGGAGUGUGGCCUGGGCACAGCACUGGUGGAGGUGUGGAGCCCAGAGCGCUGCUGCCCUUACAAGUCCUGUGAGUGUGACUGCGACACAAUCCCAGUGCCCCGGUGCCAUCUGUGGGAGAAGUCCCAGCUGGACCAGGAAUUCAUGGACAGCGUGGAGAAUGUGUGCGGCUGUGCUAAGUACGAGUGUGUGAAGGCCCCCGUGUGUGUGAGCCGCGAGCUGGGGGUGAUGCAACCGGGCCAGACGGUGGUGGAGCUCUCUGCUGAUGGCGUGUGCCACACCUCCCGCUGCACCGGUGUCCUGGACCCUCUCACCAGCUUCUUCCAGAUCAGCAGCACCUCUGUGCUGUGUGACGUCCGCUGCGAGGCGAACCAGGAGUACGAGCACCCUCAGGACCUGGCAGCCUGCUGCGGCUCCUGCAGGAAUGUGUCCUGCCUCUUCACCUUCCCAAACGGCACCACCUCCCUCUUCCUGCCCGGGGCAUCCUGGAUCGCUGACUGUGCCCGCCACCACUGUAGCAGCACACCCCUCGGUGCUGUGCUGGUCCGCUCGCCCAUCAGCUGCCCUCCACUUAAUGAGACCGAGUGUGCCAAGGUUGGGGGUUUGGUGGUCCCCUCCUUAGAAGGCUGCUGCAGGACCUGUAAAGAGGAUGGGCGCUCCUGCAAGAAGGUGACCAUCCGCAUGACCAUCCGCAAGAAUGACUGCCGGACCAACACGCCUGUGAACCUGGUGUCCUGUGACGGCAGGUGCCCGUCUGCCAGCAUCUACAACUAUAACAUCAACACCUAUGCCCGCUUCUGCAAGUGUUGCCGCGAGGUGGGCCUGCAGCGGCGCUACGUGCAGCUCUUCUGUGCCACCAACGGCUCCUGGGUGCCCUACAUGGUGCAGGAACCCACCGACUGCGCCUGCCAGUGGUCCUGAGGCCCUGGGUGUGGAGCCCCGGCCCCUGCUCCCAGCUGGCCCGGUGUGCAUGUGCCCCUAGGGAGGGCAGCUGUGUGCCCUGCUGGGUGUGGUGAGACAGGCUCCAGUCUGUCUCUGGUCUGAAGGAGCCUGAGUGCCUGGGGCUGCUGUUCCUGAGAAGCUGGGUCAGAGCUGGACCCAAGACCAAGGGCUGGGCUGGCACUUGGCAGCUCAUUCUCUUCCUUGGGCCUUUGACCACAGCAGAAUCAAGGCCACAGUAAGUCAGGGAGCUGGGAAAGCAGGGAGGUGCGUCCCCUGACCCAUGCCUGCUCUAUACUCCUGAGCCCUGCCCCCCAAAGCUGACCUUCCUGGUGGUGGGCUAGCUCUUUGGAGGUUGUGGAGGGAAGAGACAACUUCGUGGGUGAGGCCCACAAUGCUCGAGGCUGGUGGACGGCCCACCUGUUCAGUGUUUCCUGCCCUCUGACUCCCUCAGGCUGCAGGGCUCCUCCUGGCUUUGCUCUGAUGUGAAAGUGAGCUGGCCUAGCCCCUCAGGCAGCUCCUGGCUCUCCACGAGGGCCCUGUUAGCACAAUCUGUGGCACCUUUCAGAGCCUUGUCUCUGCACCACAUGUCUUCCUAGUGCUGGGGCCAGGUCCUCCGCAGCCUUUCUGCAGCCCACACCCCAUGCUCCACUGCACGUAAAGGACUUGAACACAGGCAGGUCAGGCUCCCACACUGGCCGGCAUAUCGGGAGCCAGGAGGCUGUCCAAGUGCCCCUGGGAGACAGGUAGGGGCCUGGGCCUGGGCCUGGGUGAUCCUACCGUUUCUGCAGCCUCUGUUCCCGUGUCUGUACUCUGUGUAUAUAUUCAAUAAACCACAGAAAGACACCAGGCCUCUGAGCAUCUCUGAAUGGAUCGAGUUAGCCUUGGCCCUGCAGGAG